AUGUUGAAAGUUUUCGUACUCCUGGCGCUUUUUUCCGCCGUCCAUUGCGGCAUGAAAUUCCAGGAUUACAGUGAUUCGCUGAAAGCCAUAGCCAAACAGGUGCAUUUCCAGUGCCAAACCUUCUCCGGUGCCUCGGAGGAAGAAAUAAACCGAGCCCGAGAGGGCGAUUUCACAGGAAGCGAGGCAUUAAAAAGAUUUAUGGCAUGCAUAUGGUUGCUUACUGGCAUUGUCGAUGAAAAUUUGCAAACCAAUGCAGCUGUGUUAGAAAAAAUGGAGCCGGAAAUAUUUAGAGGAAAAGGGGUCGAAAUAUAUUCUAAAUGCGCUAAUAAAGGCAAAAGUUCUGGUGGGAACAUUGUGGACAAAGUUUGGGUAGCUACUUUGUGCGUUUACGAAAUUCAAGCUGAG